AUGACGAUCUUCUUGUACCGGGACAUCGCUCGUUCCCUACAGGACACUUUGGUAUUUGGAAUGUUCUUAUGUCACACCAACGUUCUCGUAACGGCUAACGGACCAGCUUACUGGGGCCGGCUUAACACCGAGUGGCGAUUGUGCAACGACGGCAAGCUUCAGUCCCCGAUUGACAUUGACCCCAAACAUCUGUUGUUUGACCCCACUCUGAAGAAAUUGUCCAUUGAGGGCUACCAGAUAAACGGUCUGUUGGUGAACAGUGGUAACGACUUGUCCAUAGACGUGGACGAUGACGGCCCACUAGGCAUGGCCUUCUACUCAGGUCCAGUCUGCUACCGUUACAAGGUUAAAUACAUCAAGAUCCACUUUGGCAUAAAUGAUUACACCGGCUCUGAACACCGAAUUGCCGGUAACGAAUUCCCGGCAGAGAUACAGCUGUUGGCGUAUAAUGCGGAAUUGUACGGAAAUUACACCCAAGCAGAAAUGAAUGCCCACGGGCUCAUGAACGUGGCUGUUUUCGCCGAGCUUGGAAAUAUUUCAAACAGAUUUUUGGAAUCUUUUAAAGUCCCAUUAGAAAAAGUUCGUUUUAAAGGUGAGGAGGUGAGGGUUAACCACCUGCCGCUGGGGAAGCUCAUGCCACAAACUAAACACUACGUCACUUACGAGGGUUCACAAACCCAACCGGGAUGUCACGAGACAGUCACGUGGGUCAUCAUGAAUAGGCCCGUCUACAUUACAAAAGAUUUGCUACACGAUCUACGCCAGCUAAACCAAGGUGGAAGAGAAAACCCAAUAAUGCUGAUGAAGAACAACAAACGGCCACUCAUGCCGGUGCGCCGGCUAUUGGAUGGGGCGUUUUGCAUCACACCGAUGACAUAG